AUGGAUACCUUGACCAGCCAUACACGUCCCACCACCGAUGCCACCAUCACGGUGCGUUGCAUCAAGUCAUUCGAAUAUCGUACUUGCAAAAGCUUGGUUUUACAACACUUGAAUCUCGAGACGACUACUGUUGGCGAGUUGAAAUCGCUUGUGCGGGAGAAAAUCAAGACCACCUCUGGAUGGAAGCCAUAUCAAAACGUUGAAUUUGAUACCAUCAAGUUGUAUACAGUUGCUCAUGGACACAAGACUCAAAACCUCAUUAUCAACAUGGAGGAUGAUGCUAGCCUGAUCUUUGAUGAUGAUUCAGCCACGCUUGCAUGGCUCGGCCUUGAAAACGAGACCGAAGUUUCCUUCUUUAACCGUGAUACCUACGAGACAUUCAAAAAGAACCCUGAUAUGAAGUGGUAG